CGCGCCCCCGCGCGCCUGGCUUGCGGGGGGCCGGGCCGGCGGGCGGACGCCGCGCCGCGCACCCAUGGACGGCCCGGCCAUCAUCACCCAGGUGACCAACCCCAAGGAGGACGAGGGCCGCGCGCGGGGCGCGGGCGAGAAAGCAUCCCAGUGCAACGUCAGCUUGAAGAAACAGAGGCACCGUGGCAUCCUCAGCUCCUUCUUCUGCUGCUUCCGUGAUUAUAAUGUGGAGGCCCCACCAGCCAGCGGCCCCAGUGUGCUUCCGCCGCUGGUGGAGGAGAACGGUGGGCUUCAGAAGGGUGACCAGAGGCAGGUCAUUCCCAUACCAAGUCCACCAGCUAAAUACCUCCUUCCAGAGGCGACGGUGCUUGACUAUGGAAAGAAAUGUGUGGUCAUUGAUUUAGAUGAAACAUUGGUGCACAGUUCAUUUAAGCCCAUUAGUAAUGCUGAUUUUAUUGUUCCGGUUGAAAUCGAUGGAACUAUACAUCAGGUGUAUGUGCUGAAGCGGCCCCACGUGGAUGAGUUCCUCCAGAGGAUGGGCCAGCUCUUUGAGUGUGUGCUCUUUACUGCCAGCUUGGCCAAGUACGCAGACCCCGUGGCCGACCUGCUGGACCGCUGGGGCGUGUUCCGGGCCCGGCUCUUCAGAGAAUCGUGCGUCUUCCAUCGUGGCAACUACGUGAAAGACCUGAGUCGCCUGGGCCGGGAGCUGAGCAAAGUGAUCAUCGUGGACAAUUCUCCGGCCUCCUACAUCUUCCAUCCUGAGAACGCAGUGCCCGUGCAGUCCUGGUUCGAUGACAUGACGGACACAGAGCUGCUGGACCUCAUCCCCUUCUUCGAGGGCUUGAGCCGGGAAGACGACGUGUACAGCAUGCUGCACAGACUCUGUGACAGGUAGCGCCGGCCUCCGCCCGCCCCGCCCGUGCGCUCCGGGACCUCGGCCUCGGGGACCUGCCUGGAGCGAGGACACUCCGUGCUCCAGGCCGCGAGGUCAAAGUGGCCAUACCUACCUGUUUUAUUUUUUAAGAACAGAAACACUAUUUUAAGAUGAACUCUUUUAACAGAUUUCAUAAAGGGACAUGCAUUUUACGGUAUUUGCUUUUCUUAAAACAUACCAAAAAGAAAAAAAUGGAAAAAAAAAAAAAAAAAAAAGAAAAAGCUUGAUAUCUAUCGGACUUCCUUUCAACUGCCCAUCCCCCCUUCCAAGCAGACAACCGGUCCCUUUCUAUCCCAGCUCGGAGCAGCUGACCCAACUCAGAAUCUCUUUCCUACAGGAUGAAGUGCCUUUUUGAAUGUUAUUUUAAGCUGAGAGUUAAUUUUUCUACACGACAUAUUUCCAGACAUCUUUUAGUCUUUUAUUGUCUUAGAUUCUCUAAGAAGACAACUACGACAAUUUUCUAGAACCUGGGGGGGCGGGGCGGCUAGGGCUGGAGGUGAGUCAUAGAAGCCUGUCUCCCAACAGGUGUGACCGCUCAGACGCCCUGUGGCAUGUUGUAGGGCAGGGCCGGGCUCCCGACAGACAGAGGAGUCGCGGCGACCACGCUGGUGCCUCCAUUCGUUACUGACCCAGUUUGGAAUGUAUCUGCAGUUGUGCGGCUCGGCCCUUUAGGGAACGACAGCUUCUUUUAUGUUAUUGCUAUUGUUUCUGAUGGGGACACGUUUGUCUUGAGGUCCCAGUCUCCCCCCCCUUGAAAAGUGGCAUCGUCACUUCUGCUCCCACACGACUGCCGUACUCCUGUGUGUUUUCUGUUGUGUCGUCGUCGUCGUUCUGGGUAGAGCAGUUACCAGAAACUCUGAAACCCUUGGAUAUUUAAAAAAAACAAACAAACAAACAACCUGUUUAUUGAUUUUUUUUAAAAUGUUUUCCUUUCCAAAAGCUGGAUACACACGGAGCUGUUUGGGAAUUUUCUUUGCUGCUAUUGCGCUGCCACCAAAUGGAAUUGACCAGCGGCUGUUACACUGUUCUUUGCCACUGUGCCUAUGCUCAGAAUCUGCUCACUGCUAAGCUGCAGACUCGGACAGGGUCAGAAACGUAGGUGUCCCGCCCCACCGCAGGACUGCACCAGGAGUCCCCCUUGCCCGGCUCUGGCCACGGGAGUUCAGAAGGGAACAAAGACAAAGGGGCCGGCGCGCCACACGGGCGUGGUGUUGGUUUCCGACUGCAGUCGACAUCAGAGACCGUGAUGAGCCGACCGUUCUCUCUCGAGAACCCGUGGCCUCCCCCAGCCACCCCGCUGACGUGGCCCAAGUCCCCUCUUGGUCUUCUCUUUUGAAGCACAGCCUGGGGUUGGGGAAACCUGUCCAGAGGUGGAACCCCUCGCCCCGAGCCAGGGAGAGGAAGGGUGCCCUCCCCGGGCCGGGGCUUCCUCUGCAGCCUUUCCCAGUGACAAGACAGUCUAUAUAAAGUAUUGCUCUUAAAAGUAAUUUAGAAGAACCCUUUCGUGUCGGCACCAUUGCCUUAGUCCUCUGUGGGUUGGGCCUCUGCCAGAGUUCUGGUGGAAGCGACUGGCGCUAGCAAGUGUGGAAAUGGGGGUCGAAGUAAAAUUUUGUUCUCGCUUUCGUUCACAAGAUAACAAAGCCAGCUGCCAAUCGUGUCCUCCCAACAGCACUUUGGGCCGCGGACUGCCGUGCAUUCAGAAGAGAAAUAAGUAUUCGGGGGUAACCGGGUCCCCCAGCUUUCUGAGUGUGCAGAAUCCAGUAACCCACAUGCCAGUUAAAGUAGAAACAGCCCCUUGCUCGCAUCAGCACAGACCACGGCAGUUCCACGGCGGAUCUGCACACGCCAUAACCCUUGAUCUGGAAAACUAGUCAUUAAGUCAACCCGCUGCCUUAAAUGUCUCGAAUGUUGCAGUCCAGUGUCUGUCGUGUGUUGCAAUCCACACAGAAAUCGGUCCUGGUGAGAGCCCCAGACCCUCAGCCAUGCCCUCUUCUCUGCUGGCACCAUGAGGUCUUCUCUGGAACAGGGGGCAGAGAGGACGAAGUUCUAGAGUAUUUCAGGGGAAUCGGACCUAGGAACAGUGUCCCACUUCUCAGAGACGGAGUGAAGACACUGGCAAGCUUGAGCCAAACACUGCACCUAGUGGUUCUUGAAACCGUGAGCACCAUUGCACGAUUGUGGGGGAAUGGAGCCCGGUUCCUGCCAUCACAGGACACAGAGUGUCUCGGGGAGGGGGGGGCCAGCAGACCCCCCCCCCCGAGGGUUCUGGAUUCUGUGCACCUUAUUUGACCACACUCCAAAAUUCCAUUUUUGUUUUAACCCUCGAUUCUGCUUUGUGUACAUAACCAGAAUAUCUAGAUCUCUCUCUAUAUUUUUAAUCAUCUACAUGUAAAUGAAGCAAUAGAAUUCUAACAUAAGGCCAAGAAAUGAGAUGAAUGUUUGGGGUUUAUGUUUUUUAAGGUAAAUACGGGUAUUGUUUUUAAUUAUUACCUUUUAUUAAAUUGUGGGCUUUAAAACCUAAUGAACCCUAUUAGCUAUUUCUCUGUGCCAUAUUGCUUCCCAUGUUACCAAAAUACCCACCCCCCCCCCCCCCAACUCUUCAACCAAAAGAGAAACCCGACCUCCUGAGUCUCCACGCCCCUUUUGGUACCAGGUUAAUAUAUAGUCUCCUGGACAAGUAUUUUUUACAUUAAGAUCUGGGACGAGAUAUGUUGGGUUGUGGACUCCGCCCCGGUGAUGUUAUGCCGUCUCUGGCCGGGCCUUGAGUGGAGGUGCCCAGGCAUCCGAGGUUGUCACUGCUCUGUCUUCCGUUGUUCGGGAAUCCUCCCGUGUUGGUCUGCGGUUUCACACAUUAGCUGUUUGUAAACCACGUAUCUGUGUCCCAAGGAGGAACACCACUUGUCACAACCCAUGGUUGGUGGGGAAGCUCCUUUGACACAGUGCAGUUUUGAUGAGGUGACUUUGGAGACGUGAGGCCCUGAUGACACUGACUGGUCAUGGUUGCAGCAUUUGAACUGCUGGUCUGGAAAAAGAAAUCUGUAAGUCUAUAUAACCUGGCAACAUCGAAGACCCUCUAUUUUAAAGACGGCCCUCUGAUAAAAUCUAGAACCACACAGCCCUAUAGGGUCAAACACUCGUGACGUUUGUGCCUCUGCUUUUAAAGGUGCUGUGAUGGGCAGUUGGCAUGCCAGGGUUCGAGAAGCGAGUGGAUGGCUUGACGUGCUUGCAGUUACCCGAGCAAAAGCCACUGGCUGCCUCUGCUCCUCUCUCGCUGUAAAUUUGAUGGGGUCUGUUCCUGUUCGUUCUCCAGGGAGCUUCUCUGCAGACUAACACCCCCCUCCCCCCACCCGUAGUGGAGAUUCUGGUGCCUGGGUAGUCGUGGAUUUCUGUUGGACAUUUGAAUGUGAUAAACAAGCCAGCGUUACUUGGGAAAUACUACAUGUGGAAUGUGCACGUUUCCAGGGGCGAGCCUUGUCGGUCGAGAGGUUUGCAAUGAUUUCCUUCCUGCCAAAAAUAAACACGUGAAACUGC